AUGAGGACUAGCCAACUUCCCAAACGGUUCUCUUAAAAAACCCUAGUAGGUUUCCAGCGCUUGCGUCUUCUGUUCUCUCUGCGCCUGUAGUGCCACUCUCGUAUCCAAUCGUGGUGUGUUUAGCAGAGUAAGCGAAGAUGGCGAAGAAGAAAGAGAGACCAGUGAAUGUCUCCGGGAAAGCAAAACACUCGCUGGAUGCGAACAGAGAUGCGAAUGGAACCAAAGGCGGCCGCAGCGCCGCCACGGUGCGGCGGCUCAAGAUGUACAAUUCGAGGCCCAAGCGUGACCGCAAAGGCAAGGUUCUCAAGCACGAGCUUCAGUCCAAGGAUUUGCCCUCCACUCGUAUCCAACCCGAUCGCCGCUGGUUUGGUAAUACUCGAGUUGUGAAUCAGAAAGAGCUUGAAUUUUUUCGCGAAGAGCUCCAGAGCCGAAUGUCGAGUAAUUACAAUGUCAUAUUGAAGGAGAAGAAACUGCCCAUGUCCCUUUUAAAUGACCAUCAGAAGCAAGCCAGAGUUCAUCUUCUUGAUACAGAACCUUUUGAGGAUGCCUUUGGACCUAAGAAGAGGAGGAAGCGCCCAAAGCUUAUGGUAUCUGAUUAUGAGUCAUUAGCUAGGAAGGCUGAUGGUUCUCAAGAUGCCUUUGAAGAGAAAUAUGGUGUCGGUACAUCUGCAGAAGUAAAUGAAGGGGAUGGGUUCAGGGACCUGGUUCGACAUACAAUGUUUGAGAAGGGUCAAAGUAAACGCAUAUGGGGUGAGCUCUACAAAGUAAUAGACUCGUCAGAUGUUGUUGUCCAGGUUUUGGAUGCUAGGGAUCCACAAGGUACUAGAUGCUAUCAUUUGGAGAAGCAUUUGAAAGAGCAUUGCAAACAUAAGCACAUGAUUCUUUUGUUAAACAAGUGUGAUCUGGUCCCUGCUUGGGCAACAAAAGGAUGGCUUAGAGUAUUAUCCAAGGAGUAUCCAACUCUAGCAUUCCAUGCAAGCAUUAAUAAGUCGUUUGGCAAGGGUUCUCUUCUAUCAGUCUUGAGACAAUUUGCCCGCAUAAAAAGUGACAAGCAAGCGAUAUCUGUGGGAUUUGUGGGGUAUCCCAAUGUUGGAAAGUCAUCAGUUAUCAACACACUCCGUACAAAAAAUGUCUGCAAGGUUGCUCCUAUUCCCGGAGAGACUAAAGUGUGGCAAUACAUAACACUUACAAAGAGGAUCUUCUUGAUUGACUGCCCUGGAGUUGUUUACCAAAACAGAGACACAGAAACGGAUAUUGUAUUGAAGGGUGUGGUACGUGUCACAAAUUUGCAUGACGCUUCUGAACACAUUGGAGAAGUUUUGAAACGUGUGAAAAGGGAGCACCUGGAAAGGGCAUAUAAGAUAAAGGAGUGGGAGGAUGACAAUGACUUUCUUGUUCAGCUAUGUAAAUUAACAGGCAAACUGUUAAGGGGUGGUGAACCUGACUUGAUGACUGCAGCAAAGAUGGUCCUCCAUGAUUGGCAGAGGGGUAAGAUACCCUUCUUUGUUCCUCCCCCACGGGAAGGGGAUGACUUAUCUGUGGAACCCAAAGAAUCUGUUGUAGAAGACGACAAGGUGGUUGAUGAUGAUCAGGCAUCGGCAGCUAGAAGAGCCAUUGCAAACGUUAUAUCAACCCAGCAGCUAAAAGAUGUACCCAUUCAGGAGGAUCUUUUUAGCGAGAAUGAAUUAAUGGGUGAGAUGCCUGACCAGGUUCCAGCCACCGAGGCAUAGAUUCUUGUUUCUAGUGUACACUUUACACAGAGAGAGAGAGAGAGAGAGAGAGAGAGAGAGAGAGUUUUCUUAGUUACCCUCAACCAAAAGAAUGGUCUGUUGUUUCUAUAUACUAUUUCAAUUUUGUAGCAUGGCAUAUUCUUGUUAGUUGUUUGAAGACUGAAUGCUGCUUUUAGUGGCUCAAUCUUUGUAUGCAUCGUUAUGCUUAGAUUAUGCUACCGAUUAUGGAUCUCUCCUUGUUACUUGCAAAGUUCCAUUUGCUAAUGGGUAGUUCAUUUUUAUGCGACUA